AAUUUAGAUAUCACAAUAUAUCAUUCGUGUAAUAUUCGGUUAAAAUUCGCAUAUUGAAAAGUAAUAAACAAAAAUGCAACACAUCCGGAAUUCGUCUGCUCGCCUGCUCCGCAGUGGGGCUUUGGGUCCUGCCAGCGCAAAAGCCAAUCCACUGAGCGCGCAGGGACAUGCGGCAAACCUCCACGCAAGAUAUCCUCAGGUCUGCACAUUACCGACCAUACGCUCGAAGCAUGACAACACAUUGGAGAGCGUGAAGGCUGAUGCUAUCGAUAAGAUGUACGAUGCUAAGGAUAAGGCCCAGGACUUGAAAAACGCUACUAUGAAAAAGGCGAGCGACGUGCAGAAGGAGUUGACGAAUGCAGCGGAGAGUACUAUUGCAAGCGAGGAGACGCUUAAAAUGCGUCCUGCACACAGCACCGAGCUACACGACACAACGCAGAGAACCAUUCCGAAUGACAACGGGGCAGCUGGCAAUAAUGCUGGAGGCACUAACGACCAGGGAGGGCUCAAUAUGCGCUCAGCGGGAAGCACUGAGCUUCACGAUACUACUCAUGACGAUAUCUCAGCUAAGAAAGGUGCUGCUGAUUACAAUACUCGCGCUAGUAACGUUUCCACCGAUGGCGCAAAUAAUGCUGGAAAGUUGAGAGAGGUGAAACUUGGUGUGCUGAACGAUUUGGGAGACGUCAAGGACAAGGCGAAAGAUAAGUAUGAAGAUCUGAAGGGCAGGGCAGCUGAGGAGACGGCGUAUCUAAAAGAUAAAUUGGGUAAUAACGCAGAGGUGCUGAAAGACAAAGCAUACAAGAUGAAAGCCAAAGCCGAGGAGGGUGCGGCGAUUUUGAAAGAGAAAGUGCUUGACAACACAGAAGCGUUAAAAGAGAAUGCCUAUGAGGUUAAGGAUAAGGCGAGUGAUAACGCUGAAGCCUUGAAACACGAAGCUUACGAUAUGAAGGCGAAAGCCGAGAAAAAAGCACAGAAUGUGAAGGACAAGGCACGCGACAACGCUGAGGUACUGAAAGACAAAGCAGGGGCUGGCGCUGAAACUGUGCGGGAUGGGGCCUAUGAUAUGAAGAACAAGGCACAGAAAGGGGCGGAGAAUCUCAAGGAGAAUAUACAGGACAAUGUCGACGGUUUGGAAGAGAAGGCAAGUGAUAAGGCAUACGAUAUGAAAGCCAAAGUUGGGGAAGGAACGAAGGAUGUGAAGGAGAAGGUACGUGAAUAUAAAGUUUUAGCUGACGCCUACGAUAUGAAAACCAAUGCCAUGGAAAGUGCGGAACAUCUGAAGAACAAGACUCGUGAGGAAGCCGAAGAAUUGAAAGAUGAUGCGUACAAUGUACAAGAUAAUGCUAAGGAACUUAAAGACAACGUCACACACAUGGAAGCAAAUCUAGAAGGAGAUGUGGCCGACACAGUGCACGACGUCAGAAGUAAGGCGGCAAAUGCUCUGAACAACAGUUCGUUGGGCAAUACCGGGUUGGAUACGGGUGACAAGAGUGCCGAGCUGCACAGUAUUACCCAGAAUGCCAAUUACACCAGCGUGACACCAGAGGACUACCGUAACACCACCAACAACAACAUGCAGUCCGCAAAGGGUGUGUACACUAACGAAAGCACAACCCUGGGUGGAAGCGGUAGCUCCGCUGGAGACGGGCCCAUCUCGGAAGAGACGCGCUUUAACGGCCGCAGUGAUGUGAACGACAUCAUAUUAGACGACGAUAACCACAGGAAGGUAGAUGCAGCGUCAUUGAACUCGGCUAUAAACGAGGCAGUGCAUGACUUGAUCGAUGAUGAUGUCGAUGUGUCAAAUCAGAUGGACGCGCGACUGGCGGGGAAGAAAAAUGUGGAGAAUAUAGUUGAUCGUGAUACUUAAGUGAAAAAAAAAUUCCUUGUAGUAUGUCAGUACAACAGCAGACGUACGCUAUAGAUUGUUGCACUUCUAUACAUGAGGGUAUUUAUAUUUUAGGACUUGGGGAUGAAUACAAAGCAUGAAGAAACCCAUGUGAAUGGCUCUAUCCUCAAAUAGCGCGCAGUGAAGGUUGGUAUUGUGGAGAAGAUGGUUGAUCGUGGUACCAAGUGAAUGCGCGCAAUCUCUGUGGCGUGCCAGUACAGUAACAGCCGGGAAUAACCAAGAAUAGGCUCUCUCUUAUAUAAUAGAGAAUGUAUACUUUGGAUCGUAGAUAUGAAAACGGAACAUGACGGAUAUCUCUUACGAAUAAUUCUACACUUGAAUUAGUGUGCACCUGUACACAUAUUGACGAAGCCAAGCUUUACUUUUGUACUGAAACAUAUUCAAUAAAAGUAUUGUAUACACAUAUCGGAC